UAAUUCAAGUGGUGGAUUUCAGGUCGUGAAAUUCAGGUCUCAAUAUUCAGGCUGUUGAAUACGGGUUGAAAAAUGAAUGUGGCAAAAUUUGAGGAUGACAUCCUAGGAUGCAAGGAAGAGCAAACGAGCGUCGAUGUAAUCCAUCUCUUUCGCAAAGCGAUGGAAACAGCUAAAAAAAUAUAUAUAUAAACGAACUAAUGAAUAUAUACAGUCUUUUAUACAUAUAGAGCAGUACAUAUAUAUAUAUAUAUAUAUAUAUAUAUAUAUAUAUAUAUAUAUAUAGCAUACAUUUGUAUUAAUGUGCAUAACGUCUUUUCUUUGUUCCUUGGCAAUUCACAUUGAACGAAUCUGCUGAAAAGGCAAAUACAAUGAUUCACGUGCACGUAUACAUGUCCAGGGGGCUGUUCCAUAAACCAAGAUUAGAGUAUAAACCAGGCUUAUUUCGGUUAGUCAGGCUUAUUUUUGGUAGAUUCGGUUUCAUAAAUCAAACUUAAAAAAGUUCAAACUCAGUUACCCCGGCAACUUAUGCUGGCAAAUUAACCUGGUCCGGGGCAGGCUAACUGUCAGGCUAAGUCUGAGUUCAGGCUUAACGUGCAUACCAUUUAUACUCACCUGCUGGUAUUUCGAUGUCAUUUUAUUUUACUUAACCACUAUUAAUAAAAUUUGUUUUUUAAAUAAAUAAAUCAGGAAAUGUACUUUACUAAUAAAUGUAAGAAAUUAUAAGGUAUAAAUACACUAAGAAAUGUUCAAAACUUGUGUGUUUAAUUGGUGAGUUUGGUUAAUGAGUUUGGUAAUUAAUUAAAAGUAUAUAAAUAGGGAGCUGAACUCGUUUCCAAACUUAACCAUGGCAUGUCCUUUCAUAGAUGAGGUGGUGGAUGAGGGAGCUAUAGUCUUGCGGAGGGCAUUUCAAAGAGAGAGAACUUUCAGAGACAGGUCAGACCCAUUGGCUUUUAAUGACAGCUACCUGUAUGAGCGAUAUAGGUUCUCAAGAGAUGGCAUUGCAUAUAUUUGUAGAUUACUAAGCCCACACAUUGCAAAUAAUACACGCCGCAACAGAGCGCUCACAGUCCCACAGAUGGUGUGCAUUGCACUUCGCUUUUUUGCCAGUGGAACAUUUUUGAACACAGUUGGAGAUGCAGAGAAUAUCAGCAAAGCAUCAGUUUGCCGCUCUGUACGAACUGUGUACCUUUCUUUAAAAAGACUACUCAAUGUGUUCAUCACAUUCCCUGGCCACAAAGCUAUUCGUACCAUUAAACAUGCCUUUUAUGGAAUAGCUGGUUUCCCAAAUGUUAUCGGUGCAUUGGACUGCACCCAUGUGCGUAUUAAGUGUCCGUCUGGUCCACAUGAAGCGGACUUUGUGAAUAGGAAAUCAGUACACAGCAUCAAUGUACAGAUGAUUAGUGAUGCAGAUUGCAUCAUCACAAAUGUAGAGGCCAAAUGGAAAGGCUCUGUGCAUGACUCCAGAAUCUUUAGAGCCUCAUCUCUCUACCAGCAACUAGCAAGAGGAGAAUUCUCAGGAGUUUUGCUGGGAGACAAGGGAUACCCAUGCCUGCCUUACCUCUUGACUCCCCAUCAGGAGCCCCAGACAGAGGCACAGCACCGCUACAACAUUGCCCAUGCACGCACAAGAGGUUGUAUAGAGAUGGCAUUUGGGCUGAUAAAGUCAAGGUUUCAGUGCCUGAAGCACCUCAGAGUGACUCCACCUAGGGCAUGUGACAUUGUAGUUGCUUGUGUAGUGCUCCAUAACAUUGCUUGUCUGAGGAGAGAGAGGCAACCAAGGAUUGUUGAAGAGGAAGACUGGGGCAAUGAAGCAGUAUUGGAAGAAAACGAAACAGGCAGACUUAUACGAGACACAUAUGCAAAUAAUUAUUUUGCUUAA